AUGGCACCAUCUGCUGUUGAAGUCGUAGAGCCUACCACUCUUCCUCACAAGGGAGGCAUCCCCAUUGGCAAUGGCAAACUCCACACCAACGGAGCUGUUCAGGCCCUCGACGGGAAGUGGAAGGAAUUCUCUUUCGAACCCAUCAGGGAGUCACAGGUCGCUCGUGCUAUGUAUCGACGAUACUUCAAGGACCUUGACACUUACGCCGAAUCUGACAUUGUCAUCGUCGGUGCCGGCUCAUGCGGUCUUAGCACGGCUUAUACCCUUGCCAAGGCUCGCCCUGACCUGAAGAUUGCGAUUAUUGAGGCUAGCGUCUCUCCUGGUGGUGGUGCUUGGCUUGGAGGCCAGCUUUUCAGUGCUAUGGUUAUGCGCAAGCCGGCCGAUAAGUUCUUGAACGACAUUGGUGUACCAUUCGAGGAUGAGGGAGCUUACGUCGUGGUCAAGCACGCUGCCCUCUUCACGUCGACCCUAUUGUCGAAAGUUUUGGCUUUCCCUAACGUCAAGCUUUUCAAUGCCACCGCUGUCGAGGAUCUCAUCACCCGUCGUGACGAGUCUGGCAAUAUCCGAAUUGCUGGUGUUGUCACUAACUGGACCCUGGUCUCAAUGCACCAUGACGACCAAUCCUGCAUGGACCCUAGCACCAUCAAUGCGCCUGUCAUCAUCAGCACCACUGGUCACGAUGGACCGUUCGGUGCUUUCAGCGUCAAGCGACUAGUCAGCAUGCAAGCUAUCGAGAAGCUCGGCGGCAUGCGCGGCCUAGAUAUGAACACUGCUGAAGACGCCAUCGUCAAGGGUACCCGAGAAAUCGUGCCCGGCUUGAUUGUAGGCGGUAUGGAGCUCAGCGAGGUUGACGGAGCCAACCGUAUGGGUCCCACCUUUGGUGCCAUGGCUCUAUCUGGCGUAAAAGCGGCAGAGGAGGCUUUGAAGGUGUUUGAGCAGCGCCAGAAGGAGAAUGCAAUCUAA